AUGGCCAAGGGACGCGGAGGGGGUGGAGGUGGAAGCGGAAGCAUUUCCAUCGACGACAACUGGAAUGUGCCAGGGACAGUCAAGGCUACUAUGGCGUUCCAAAUUAUCUUUUUCAUCUUGAUUCUUACCGAGUUCAUUGCUAUCGUUCGACGUUUGCGUUUCGUUCCAUCUGGCCGCUACACACGCGCUCCGUAUAUCCUCCUUGCCAUCGUAACAAGUAUAUUGUCCUUGGCAUACCUUCUCUGGGCGAUCUAUACCAGAAUCAGUACGGGUGGAAGCUCAGUCCCGGACACGGCCCUGCACGGCUUGGGCGCGUUCCUUAAUUCUCUGCUCACCAUCGACAAUGCAUUUCGGCCGGCAGUCUGCCUGUGGCUCGUUCACCUUCGUAGCAACCUCGCUCGAACGACUCAAGGAAAGACGACCAAGCCAUGGAUCUCGCAGUUUUGGAAGCGAAUCGUCGACUGGUCGCUGGUUACCAUCCUCUUCUUGAUCGGUAUCUCGUUGAUGGCGGUUAUUGCAAACGAAUGGGCCCUAAUUGACUCGCACCAGCUGAACUCUGACGGCUAUCGCGCAUAUUUCAGCGUCCGCCGUGGACUUUACUUCACGUCCGUCGCAUUCGGUGUGCUUUUGGCGAUCGACAUCAUGGUCUCUUUCAUAACGCUCAAGGUCUCCCAAAAGCGCAUGAACUUCAUCGACCCUAUAUCCACAAGACUUCUUGUCGCGGUCUUUCCUUUUGUAUUCCUCGACUUUUUGGAGUAUCUGGUGUUUGCAAUCUACCCAGAGACGCAUACCGUCUAUGGCUAUGACAUCAAUGCCUUCAAUUUGGCCGAUACUAUCAUCAGUGGCGUAUGCAGAGCUGGAAUCAUCUGGGGACUCCUGUCCACCAUGACGAUUUCAAACGUACUUUGGACCCCAGGAGCGCCCCCUGUGUUUGGUACAGGGUAUAUGCCUAUGCAGCCACAAAAACUCCAACAGUCGUUCUAUCAACCACCGUGGCAGAACUCGCCUUCCAUGUCCGCGCCAGGACAAUACCCUCAUAUGAGUCAACAUCAGCCUCCGCAGAACCCACCGCCAACUACCUACCAACCUUAUACUAUCCCCAACAAUCCUUGA